GACAGAUAUUGCAUGUCUAUCUAUCUGUGAGUGAAUGGCUCAUAGAUUAGAAACCGCUGUGCGGAUAACACACUCAAUUCACCAGACCUAAGCAGUAAAGUUACACGAUUCAUGUAACCGUGGGUAGUAUUAAAUGAAAACCGUGUAACUUUAUAUGCAGAUCGAACCGUAUCAAUACGAACCAAUAAAAUUAAGAAAACAGAGACAUUUCCAGUCAGUGCCAUCUAAAAAGAACCGCAUAGAACCUUUACUAAAAAACAACAACACAACAAUAAAAAAAGGUACAUUUGGAGCAAUGAAAUUAAUAACAUCAAAUAAUAUAGCAUCCAAAGAGAGAAACUAUAGAUGAGUUACUGUGUGACAAUUUCAAGCAGACGAGGUAGAAUGUAUUGAAUGUUUUCCUUCUUUUCUUCGUUGGUGUUUGGUUUGAUUGAAAACGCUGCUUCUGUUGGAUUUAGAUCUGGUUUUGUAUGUUUGUCUGUCUCAUACUGGAUGCAUAUUGUUUGCUUUUUCGCUCAUGAUACCCGCCACUGUUUUAAAACAAGCAAACAAUCAUGCUUUCUGAAACAACGUUGUAGUUUCACCGUGCCUGUGAGCUUGUUGUGGGACUAGCUUUUUUUUAUUAUCGUUCAUUGUUGGCUUAUUGACAGAAGCCCAACCUUUUAAAAGGGCAAACAAUAACACGAGUAGGUGUCAAAAACUUGUCAUGUAUAAAAAUAAAAAAAACAGGCACUGUCUAUAACUGUGACCCCACGUUCCACUCACAAAUACAAAUUUUUGCGCUUAUUAAAAAAAACGUAUAAAAUUUUGUUCUUCGUGAUCUAUUAUUACCAC